AUGUCUUCUCAAUCAUCCAGAAUGAGUCGCAGUUCCAAUUCGACCGCAGUCAGCAGUUCCUCUUCAACCACUCCUUCAAUGGACAUCGAUACCCGAUUGGCUCCCCUUCCAGAGACUAGAAAGCGCUCGCGCAAUUCAGAUUUGGAUUCAGAUGACGAAGAACCACAAGCCCAAAGGGUUAGAGCCGGUGAUUCUAACUCAAUUGAUAAUAUAGAGUCUGGAAUGGCUAUCGACGCGCCAGCUAGAAGCGUAAUGGCACCUACUCAUAGCAGGCAAUCUCGAAUCCGUUCUGGUCGCAGCACGAUGUCUAGGCAGGAGCAAGAGCAAAUUUCGAGCACUUUUGCCAAUAUUGGCGCCCCCUCUCAGACUCCAGCCCAGUCAGUUCUAGUUAGCUCUCCCUCAAGAGCUAACCAUACAGUUCAAGCAAGCACAACUCGUCAAUCUCCUGAGUCUACUCCGCAAAGCCGCUUGUAUGAGGAAAUAUCCGACUAUGAUGCCGAUACUAGUGGAGAUGAACGCCCCUCGAAGGUCAGGCGCAGAGGCGAAGGUCAAAAUUCUGUUCACACACGAGCAGGCCCUGUUGAAACUUGGAACUCAGGAGCUAUUGCACCACCUGCUUCAAAUGAAGCUUCAGUCGUCGAACAUCAGGGCUCGGAGACUGCUUCAUCACCAGUUUCAAGCUUGCUCCUGGCAAUCGAAGCACCAUCCAAUCAAAAUGCUUUGAUGCGUAGAGAUACACCAUACAUUGAUCUCACGUGGGAAGAUUCGAGCGAUGAAGAAGAAAAUGAUGCUGCGUUGCCACCAGCCCCAAGUGUGCUUCCAGCUGUCGCAGCACCACCUGUUCAAAAUUCUCAGCCCAACGCAGCCCCAAAAUUUGUUAGCCUCAUGUUUGAUGAUUCCAGCGAUGAGGAAGAAAGUGCAGCUACCAUGUCCAAGGCGUAUAUUGGCGACAGAAUUGUGUUGGUAGAAGAGAAACGUCUCGAACCGUUUCUACCGGAACCUACCGUCAAGUUCCAACGCUUGCUUGAGGAUGCUCAAACUCAGAAGCUACAUUGUCUUGACAAAUGGUAUUCUGUAGGAUACGAAGAUGACGUUGAGUUCUCAAGACAGUUCGCUGUUCUCGGUACCAGCUGUAAUGUGUACGUGGUCAUCAUAGGAAAGAGGCCAAAUUGCAAUUGUUAUGAAGGCAAUAGAGGUAUACUCUGCGUUCAUAUUGUCUUUAUCCUCACGCAGUUCCUGAAUCUACCGGCGCCACUUCGUCACCAAUCUGCCUUCUUGGAGGCUGAGCUCAGAUGCAUGAUGGGAGAUGAAAUCGAUUGGAUGGGUCCAGUGUCAACAGAUAAAUUCUGUACACAGAAGUCGGUCGAGGAACAGGAAACUUGUUCCAUCUGCCUCGAGAAUCUCGAAGGCGAUGGAUCUAUCACGUGGUGUAGAGGCCAGUGUGGGCAGAACUUUCAUCUGCAGUGCAUUUGGACCUGGGCCGACACAAACUUUCGGGAUGGACAGCCCGACAUUACGUGUGGAAAUUGUCGCGCACCGUGGAUCUGGAUUGGCCGUCAGCUAGCCGGCUUAAUUGAAGGGGUGUGGAAUUGGCAAUUUGGGAUCCACGACGACGAUGCAGGGUAUCGCUCCUUGAGUAAACUUCUAGAUAGGGACGUGAGCAAGGAAGGGUACUUCAAUGUAGCCGAGCUCCUGGGAAUCUACGAGACUGUGGAUGACGAUGCAGAAGCCCGUCAAAGAUAUCAACGAGUGGUUGACAGAUGGAGAGUGGAGAUGGUGAGACGGCCUACCACGCUCCUAGAGGAAGUGUAUGAUUUCAUAGUCCGCUACCAUCCUGAGGUGUAUAGUGACGUUGACGAUGUGUUUAGCGAUGAAUCGAUUGAUGAAGACAAUCCUAGAGCCAUCAGGCUCUUGGAAACGGUGGACUUUGUAGAAACGAAUGUCGAGAGGGUCUUGCAAGGAUUACCAACCAUUGAUAGUGAAUACACUAGGGACUUACACCUAUUAUGA